AUGAUCGCAUCAGAUUGGAUGACUUCCGCAAUGAUCGAUCGGAGAGAUCAUCAAUGGAGGAUCCCCUCACACCGACGGUUUCCACGACACACGCGCAUCCUUGAGAUUAGGAGACAAACACUGGUCGAGCGACUCGGAGAAACGCACGGCUCUGGGAAAUUUUCUGUUGACAAUCAUGCCUACCUGAGUGCGGCUCAACCGCCUCACGGAAAAGGCAUGGCCGCAGAGUUCUUCCCGACCACGUCUUCGUACCUCAUCGAACGGCCCAUACUGCGUACUGAUCUCGAUAAGAUUGACCAACUGUCUCGGGCAACAUGGCAGCAUGGUAGCAUGUCCUUUACCUCUCCCCCAUUCUCCAGCCGGCAGUAA